AGCAGUCUCUCUACAGGAAACCGGACGGAGCCGGGGGAAGGACUGAAUGGAUCGAUGCGCAAAUUAAAGAAAGGAAAAAGGGGCUUGACUCUGGAAGCGUAUUUAGUGCCUCAGUUUUUUCUCAGUACAUCAGCGCGUCUCUCCACUACAGCGGGCCAACAGUGUGUAGCAAAUGGAGAAAGCAAACAGGAAAGUUUGACGUUUAUUCGACCCUGACUGAAAUAGAGUGGGAAAAGUGUAAAACAUUACUGCUUCAUGAUAGAAGACAGUUUGCUCGGAAAGAUGCAGGGAAUCCCAGCAACCGACCUCUCAUCCUCGCUCGUACAGUAUUCCUGUGGAUCAUUGGAUUUGGUGUUGAAAAAGAAAACCUCACCUCUUCCCAGAUCAUGUCACAAACACCUUCUUGGGAAGCCUUGCCACGAUCCCUCAGCUGCACAGAGAAAGCCAACAUCACAGAGACCUCAAGUGCCCCCUAAGCCCACACAUCUUCAGGCUUUGCGGCAGGACAAGUGGACACAGCAAAUCCCUCCGGCACCUUGUCGCCCUCUCCCAGUCCCUCCUCCCAAACCCAAAAGGCUCACAUCACCGCAGCAGAAACAUCCUGCCAAGAGUGUGUGUCUCCUCAUUGACAAGUUUGAAAACUCCAGGGCCCCAAUUCUGGGAGUCCAACCCAAAAGUGCACUCCGGUUGCACCUGAGGAUGGAGGUUCCAGAGCCUGAAAUCACAGAACAGCCUCAGCUUAAUAAGUCAGAGGUGAACGAGUCUGGGAACACAUUCAUCAUGGAUGAAAUUGCCCUUAAAAAGGAUAUGGAAUUGCCUGCUUUAGACUUUUUAAGAAUAGACUGUGUCAGUGACACAGUCAGUCGAGACAAACUUGACCAAGAGUGCCACAGUGGGGAUUUGGACGUUAAUCACAGUGAUUCUGAUGAUAACCACAACAAUGGAGAGCAUACAGUUAAAGACCAAGGACAUGAUGUUGGAAGUUUAAUAGGUGGCCCAUGUGCAGGGCAGGUUAACAAUGUGACAGAGGCAAGCGGAAAGAUUCCAAAUCGUGACAGCGGAAUAGACAGCCCGUCCUGCGGAGCCGAGGGAGAGGCAUUUCCAAAUGAGGUCCCCAUUGAAGAGGAAGAAAGGAACGACAGCAUAGCCACAGAAACAGAGAGUGUGUCAUGUGUCACCACUAGCAAUAAGCGGGACUCAACACAAGAUGAAGAUAGCGAUUUGGAUGAAGAGAGCAGCGAAGAUCCAGAGAGCCUAGAAGUCAAAGGUUUGCAGUCUGAGUCUCAGAAGCUGUUCAAUAUCGCACAAGAACUCCUCCAUACAGAGGAAGCGUAUGUCAAAAGACUCAACCUGCUAGAUCAGGUGUUCUGUACCAAGUUGACAGAGGCAGGGAUUCCUAUGGAUGUGAUUAAUGGGAUUUUCUCAAACAUCUCCUCCAUUUACCGCUUCCACCAUCAGUUCCUGCUGCCAGAGCUACAGACACGAAUUACUCAAGAGUGGAACACAACUCCACGUAUAGGUGAUAUCCUGCAGAAGUUAGCUCCAUUCAUGAAGAUGUAUGGGGAAUAUGUCAAAAACUUUGACCCUGCAAUGGACUUGGUCAACACAUGGAGCCAGAGGACUGCUUUCAAAAGCGUGGUUCAGAAUAUCCAGAAGCAGGAUGUAUGUGGUAACUUGACACUGCAGCAUCACAUGUUGGAGCCAGUGCAGCGUAUUCCUCGUUAUGAGCUCCUCCUCAAAGAUUACCUGAAGAAACUGCCCAGUGAUGCACCAGAUAGGAAAGAUGCAGAGAAGGCUCUGGAUUUGAUCUCCACAGCAGCGAACCAUUCUAAUGCAGCCAUUAAGAAGAUGGAGAAGAUGAAUAAGCUACUGGAGGUGCAUGAACGAUUGGGUGGGGAGGAAGACAUUGUUAAUCCAGCUAAUGACCUUAUCAAAGAGGGUCAUAUAAAGAAGAUGUCUGCUAAAAAUGGCACAGCCCAAGACCGAUACCUCUACCUGUUCAAUAACAUGUUGCUGUAUUGUGUGCCUAAAUUGCGACUCAUGGGACAGAAGUUUAGCGUCAGAGAGAGAAUUGACAUAGCAGGCAUGGAGGUCCAGGAGAAUGUAAAGCAGAACCUGGCUCACACUUUUACAAUCGUCGGCAAGCAGCGGUCUCUCGAACUGCAGGCCAGAAAUGCUGAAGAAAAGCAGGAAUGGAUCCAGGUAUUCUUGGCCACAAUAGAUAAGCAAAAACAGAAAAGUGAGACAUUUAAUAAAGCCUUCAUUAGCUCCUUAUCCCGUGAUGAAGAACACGCACCUGAUUCACCGAGUCCAUGGAGUAAUGCAUCUGUCGAUUCAGAUGGAGGUGGGAAUGAAAGGAGGAGUUCGAAGAAGCGAGACAAGGAGAAGGAGACUUGUAAGGGCUGCAACGAGACAUUUCACUUCACCAAACGCAAGCACCACUGCAAGAACUGCGGAGCGGCUGUCUGUGGUAAAUGCUCAAAAGUGUCCGAGACCAAGAAUAUCCGCAUGUGUAAGCAGUGUUUCGAAGUCCAGCAAGGACCUGAUGGGACGCCAGGGGGCAAUGUUGAGCAGAAGAAAAAAACAGUGGUAGAGAAGCAGCUCUCCUUGACAGAUGAUAGUUGUGUACUAUGCAGCCAGCUCCUGGUUCAGGAGAAAGGAAAGAACUGGAUCAAGACCUGGGUGGCAAUAACAAAGGCAGAACCACUAAUGCUUUACCUACAGACUGGAGGCCAGGAUGCACGUGGAACCCGGGCGAUCUCUGUACCUGGUUAUGAGGUCAGCACAUUAACACCCUCAGAGAAGUCAGAAGGCAAACAUGUGUUCAGGCUCAGCCACUCCCAGCAUGCACUGCUCUUCAGUGCCCCGGAUGAAGAAUUAAUGGACAAGUGGGUGGAGCUUUUGUCCCAUGCUGCAAAAGGGGUGGCUUUAGAGACGUCACUAAGCCUGGGAGAACACCGUUAGAGCCGAUGAGAACAAAAUAUUGAAGCGACAGAACUUUCUUAUAGAAUUUGUUACUUGAAUUCACAUUACCUUCAGCACUUUUUUCUCCUUUAUUUUAGUUUUUAGUUCCUCUUCACUUUUUACUUGCUAUUUUCACAAAAGCACAGGCUGGAUUUGUACACAUACAUGCACUGUUCCUACUCCUCUGCCGCUGUUGUAAAGCUGGUUCCUAAAUGCACUGUUUCCUUUUUUUUUCUCUCCCCACAAAAAUCCAUUUGUAUUAUAAUAGACAAGGUUGUUGGGGAUUUUUAUUAAAUAUUAUGAGAUGUUUUUAUGAUUUUGUUAAAGGUUCAUGUGAAUUGUUAUUACAUGUUUAGCAUUAACUCACAUUCACUUUUGCAGAAAUACUGCCUCAGGCACCAUUUUCUUCACAGUGUAUUAGUUUUCUUUUCCUCUUUGCCUGCACACCAUGUUCUGCUCCUGCAACCCACUGUGGUUUUGUAGCAUCUUUUUGAAGUUCAGGCUUACGAAAGAGGAACCUUCAUUUUAAGAUGAACAAAGGUGGCGGGCCACUGAAUUAUUCUUUUACGAUAUCAUCUCAUUUCCUCUGUAUUUUUGUUAUUCGACAUGGCCCUUUUAAAUAACUCCUUCAGUACUUCUGCUGUAUUUGUACUGUAUUUGUAAGUACUGUAAGCCUUAGCUACCACCCAUAAGUGAAACAAGAGUCUUGUGAGUUUUUGAAGAUGGAUCUGCUUGUAGUAUCCCAUAUUUAUAAUUUGUGCUUUUAAAAAUUCUGCAAGCAUCCUCCUGAACAAGGAUUUUAACCUACAGGACCAGGAUAAUUGUAUUCAUUUUAAAACCAGAAGUGUUCACAAAAGGAAUUGUGUCUACAAUAAUCUUCAGAAUAAAAUAAUACCUGGGUCCAUGUUUCAUAUUUAAUUUCACUUUAUUUAUAGUUUAACCUUUGUAAUGUUUUUCUCUUUUAUGCCACACAACUGCUUUAUAUUGUGUUUUAGAGUUCCUUUGAUAUGUCUUGUAACUUGUCACACAAACAAUUUGCAGAAAUUUCUGCAGCACACACUGUGUCUUGUUACAGUAAGGCAUGUCAACAGGUUCAGUUCCUGUUGCCUGUGGUUUGCAGUUGUUGUUUUUUUAAAAGCUAAAAGUAUCUGUACUAGUGUGUUUGAAAAUGAUCUGGUUUCUACAGUAGCAAAUAAAUAUUUCCAAAUAAUGGUAAGAACAUGAAAAUCGUCACUUCCUGUGAAUGGAGUUCAUUUUUCAGGA